AUGCGCCCUCCUGCAGACUCACUGCUCCUGAGCGCACAGAUCCCCACACGGGUCUCCAGUCUCCCUCAGAUGGAGACCCCCACAAACACCACUGCGCACCCGAACGGAUCAGACCCGUUCGCCAGAAACGAGGAGGUGGCCCAGAUCGAGAUUCUGGUGCUGAGUAUCACCUUCGUGGUGGCGGUGGUCGGGAACGUGAGCGUGCUGCUGGCCAUGUACACCACGAAGAAGACGUCGCGGAUGCACGUGUUCAUGAAGCACCUGAGCCUGGCGGACCUGGUGGUCGCCUUCUUCCAGGUGCUGCCGCAGCUCUGCUGGGAGGUCACGUUCCGCUUCUACGGGCCGGACUUCCUCUGCAGGAUCGUCAAGCACCUCCAGGUGAUGGGAAUGUUCGCCUCCACCUACAUGAUGGUGAUGAUGACCCUGGACCGCUACAUCGCCAUCUGCCACCCACUGAAAACUCUCCAGCAGCCCACGAAGCGCGCCCACAUCAUGAUCGUGUCCACGUGGAUGGGCAGCCUGGUGCUAAGCUCCCCGCAGUAUUUCAUCUUCUCCCUGAGCGAGAUCAAGAACGGCUCGGACGUGCACGACUGCUGGGCGCACUUCAUCGAGCCCUGGGGCGCCCGCGCGUACAUCACCUGGAUCACCGUGGGCAUCUUUCUCGUGCCAUUGGUCAUCCUCGCGACGUGCUACGGCUUCAUCUGCCACAGCAUCUGGAAAAACAUCAAGUACAAGAGGAGGAAGAGGACGGCGGGAGCUGCGAGCCACAACUCUGUGAGCAGCGUCACGAGCAUCUCCAGAGCCAAGCUGCGGAGCGUCAAGAUGACCUGCGUCAUCGUCCUGCUCUACACGCUCUGCUGGGCGCCCUUCUUCACCGUGCACAUGUGGUCCGUGUGGGAUGUAGACUUCCAGUGGGCUGCGUAG